AUGCAGGACGGAAUGCUUCCUCGAGAUAUACAACGAAAGACGGCCUAUUACGAUUAUGCUGCGGAGAAGCAAUUGAGUCAAGCAGAUGCGAAACUCUUCUACCAGCGGAGUCAAUUGGAGGCCCAGAAGACUGGUGGAAGCAAUUGGGGCAAUUCGCAAAGCUCACCGCAGGGGAGCCCAGUUUUGGUCCCAAGGUCGUUUUCCAAUGUAUUCGACGCAGAACAAGCUGAGAUGAGGAGGUCGGGAAGCGUGAAGUCGAUGCUGAGCGGACAUAGUAUGGCACAAAGCUCUGGAAACUACAAAGCGUCUUUUCCAAUUGGUCUCGCAGAUCCAUCCAAACAUCCGGAAAGUAAUACAGUACAAGAACCUAGUUUUUCGACCCGGCCGGGUGGUUUGCCCAGGAUUGCGUCGUUGCUGAGAGCCGAUAGGGAGGCGAGGGAUCACAAAACUCAUCCAGAAAUUCCUCAUGAGCCGAAGCCAUUGCUUGAGACCGAAGGGCUGCACGGAGCCGGUGCUGGCGUUGGCUUGGGGAAUGGUGCAGGCGGAUUUGUGGACAAUGAUGCCAACAUCACUUCGGAGUUGAGCACAAUAUACACUAAUAUCCAGAAGAUAUUGGAUAUUCGGCACAAGUAUAUGCGCUUGUCGCUCCAGCAGGAUGGAGACAAUCCCAAAGAUGAUCCGAACUGGAAUAUUUAUCCUCCUCCACCUGAACCUGCAUGGUAUGAGGAGAGGGAUCGAAGAAAUGGUGAUCAGGGUAACAGCUUGGCAAGUAGUAUGGUUCUUCCCGAGAGACCUCAGACGAGAGGUAACGAUCAAGUCCGGACUUCCAGUUCUACAACAGCGCUACACCCGCUUCAGGAACCGCAGGCGCCAAAACCACCUCGCAAGAAGCGGAAGCCAGGACAAGAGAUUGGAGAAGACUUUGAUAUUGAAGACGUCUUGCCCGUCCCAGGCCCUAGCGAUAUGGCUUUCCGCCUCGAUGGAAAUAGCGUGUACCAAGUGUAUGAGAACUCCGAAGCGGAGGGAGUCGAUACGCCUAUCAUUAACAUCCCUACGAUCCGGGAAUUCUACAUGGAUCUCGAAUCAGUGCUGAACAUCUCUUCGGAUGGUCCAAGCAAGAGCUUUGCUUUCCGCCGACUUCAAUACCUAGAAGGCAAAUUCAACCUCUACGUACUUCUUAACGAGUACCAGGAAAUGGCGGACAGCAAGAGAGUCCCGCACAGAGAUUUCUACAAUGUGAGAAAGGUGGAUACCCACGUACAUCACUCAGCUUGUAUGAAUCAGAAGCAUUUGUUGAGGUUCAUCAAGAGUAAGAUGAAGAAGUGUCCAGAUGAGGUGGUGAUGUUCAGGGAUGGAAAACAUCUUACACUGGAAGAAGUUUUCCAGAGUAUCAAUUUGACGGCGUACGAUUUGAGUAUUGAUACGCUCGAUAUGCACGCUCAUACGGACUCUUUCCACCGAUUCGACAAGUUCAAUCUAAAAUAUAAUCCAAUUGGAGAAUCUAGAUUGAGGACUAUUUUCCUCAAGACGGACAAUUUCAUCAAUGGCAGAUAUCUAGCCGAGAUCACCAAAGAAGUCAUUUCUGAUCUCGAAUCUAGCAAGUAUCAGAUGGCUGAGUGGCGGAUCUCAAUUUAUGGCCGGGCGAUUGAUGAGUGGGACAAGCUUGCGGCUUGGGUUGUCGACAACAAGCUCUUCUCUCACAAUAUCCGAUGGCUGAUCCAGGUCCCUCGACUGUUCGAUGUUUACAAAUCAACUGGUUUGAUGGAAAACUUUGAAGAGGUUAUUGUGAACCUGUUCCAGCCUUUGUUUGAAGUAACCAAGGAUCCAACGAGUCAUCCAAAGCUUCACAUCUUCUUGCAAAGGGUCAUUGGUUUCGAUAGUGUUGACGACGAAAGCAAGCCCGAACGUCGACUCUAUCGAAAAUUCCCCGUUCCGAAGAUGUGGGACUCGAAACAGAAUCCGCCCUACAGCUACUGGAUCUAUUACUUGUUCUCGAAUAUGGCUUCUUUGAAUGUUUGGCGGAAAUUGCGAGGUUUCAAUACUUUCGUACUGAGACCGCAUUGUGGUGAGGCCGGUGAUACUGAUCAUUUGGCAGCUGCUGUUGUCUGCUGUCAUAGCAUCAGUCAUGGUUUACUUCUGCGGAAGGUGCCUUUGCUGCAAUACAUCUUCUAUCUUGAGCAGAUUGGAGUCGCGAUGUCGCCUUUAAGCAACAACGCCUUGUUCUUGGCGUACGAACGCAAUCCUUUCCUAUCAUAUUUCAAGAGAGGACUUAAUGUCUCCUUGUCUACAGAUGACCCUCUUCAAUUCGCGUUUACAAAAGAGCCGCUGAUUGAGGAAUACUCAGUGGCAGCACAAAUAUACAAACUUAGUGCUGUGGAUAUGUGCGAGCUGGCUAAGAAUUCUGUUGUCCAGAGCGGAUUUGAAUUUGCAAUCAAGCAGAGAUGGUUGGGUCCUGACUUCCACUUGCCAGGCGUGAGAGGAAAUACAAUGGCAAAGAGUAAUGUACCAAAUAUUCGAGAGGGGUUCAGACAUGAGACCUUGUUACAGGAGUUUUCUAUGAUCGAUAAAUACACUACUCUGGCAACUCCAACAACAGCAACUUCAGCGACUGCUGAGCAAGACCUUUAUCCGCUCCAGCCAGCACAGCAUUCUGUCCCUUCUACAAUUGCUUCAAGGAAGUCAAUGGUCUCAAACACUAUUGGGGGAGCAGAAUCUCUACCCUCAUACCAACAGUUCCCUGCGCAAGCAGCCCGUAUCCCAGCCACUCACUCCCAAACCAAGCUCGACAGCCAUCCCCAACAACCACCACAAGAAAGCGGCAGCCCACUUCAACCUACAGCCUCAAGAGAUAACACGAAGAAUAGCUCCAUAGUCGCUAGUCCGAAGUUGGCUGGACUGGCGCGAGAAACUACCUGGCCUGUGGAAGGAUACGGUGAUUUGCAUCUGAGUGGUAGUGAGCCGAGGAUCUUCCCGGGGGUCGUGAGUAGGACUCAGAGGCGGGACAGUAAGGCAGGGCAGGUUAGGCAGGGGAGUCAGAGUGAGACUGAUGGGGAUGGUAGUGUUGGGAAGGGAAGUGUGGGGAAGACGAGAGCGAAGGGAAAUACUGGCUUAGAUGGAAGUGUAGAUGAGAAGGUAGAGGAAAGCGAUGGUGAUAUGGAGGAGGCGGGUGGUGUGGAGGAUUGA